UCCGUUAUCUGAUAACGUAUCGUUGAUAACGUGUCAUUGCAAUGAUAGGUAUUGUGCGCGUAUUGCGUGAAUGGCACAUGGCGGCAUGUUUAAUUAUUGACAUAACAAUAAUAACGAAUUGAUAUUUCGUUAUGAGUCACUGGCGGAAAUAUAUAAAUUGCAUUAAAUCAUCGUUGCGCUGUGUUGUAUCGUUGCGUCAUUCCUUAUUAAUUAUCUGCAAUUAAUCAUACAUAUAGCUUACGAGGAAACGCAGGCGCUGGCAUCAAUAACGUACUUAACCAAACAAUCAUUUAUCGAUAAUUUAUAUGCAGAAAUAUGCGUAAGAUUUUGUGCAGACAUUUACAAGUUCACAAAAUGUAUAUAUAAUCCUAACAUUUCUCUACAAAUAAAAUCUUAAAUCUGGAAAAGGAAUUGUCUUUUGUUGAUCACAGUAGGAAGAUAUUAAUUAUCACAUACAUGAAUGCACGUGUUCAUUUUAGCUGUACUUUGUACACUUAAGCGGGGAGCACACACUUUUGCAUAGCGCAUAAUCAUAAACAUAAAGAAAUUGAUUGGUCCACAAAUGUAUGCAUAAGAAAAUGAACCAAUCAAUUUCCUUAUGUUUAUUGUUAUGCGCUUAUGCAAAAGUGUGUGCUCCCCGCUUUAUUAUAACAAAAUCGUGUUUUGGAGGAAGAAAGAGAGAAAGAAGAAAGUGCAGCUGAAACGAACAGAUGAUCUGUUGGAGAUGUCGCUUGCGUUUAUUUUGGCGGGAAAGUUGCGCGGCAGUCUACAUCCUCUUGUCCGUUGUCGUUUAGUGUAGUGUCAUCUCGCCUGUGUGUUGUUUCUUUCACGAGAGAGAGAAUAGAAAAUCAGCGAUUUUCAAUUUGGUACUUCAAUUUGUUGACUUUGAGUAAAGCAACUCUUGAAGCUUUUAUAAAAAUGUCUGGCUCCGUUAAUAAAUUGUAUAAACGUCCAUUCACUGUAUGCGUUGAGGGCAAUAUAGGCAGUGGUAAAACAACAUUUCUAAGUCAUUUUAAAAAAUUUGACAAUGUCAUUGUAUUCGAAGAACCAGUUGAGCUUUGGCGUGAUGUGUCUGGAACAAAUCUUCUGGAAUUAAUGUACAGGGAUCCAUCUCGUUAUGCUUUCUUAUUUCAAUCUUAUGUACAAUUGACCAUGCUACAAUUACAUACUUGUAAGAUACCAUCACCAUAUAAAAUUAUGGAGAGAUCUGUCUAUAGCACAAUGUGUUUUAUUGAGAAUUUGAAACGUAGAAAUGUACUGCAUAAGUCUGAAGUUACUGUCUUAGAAGACUGGUACGAUUGGUGUUUAAAAAAUGCCAAUAUAGAAACUGAUUUAAUAGUUUAUCUGAGGACAACACCUGAAAUUGUGUACAACAGAAUGAAACAACGAGGUCGGAAGGAGGAGAAUGCAGUUUCAUUGGAAUAUUUGAAUCAAGUUCAUCAGAUCCAUGAUGACUGGCUUUACCAUCAAACUCUGAAACCAGUACCAGCGCCUAUUAUAAUCAUAAACGGUGAUCGAGAGCUCCAUGGAAUGGUAGAGGAAUUUGAAAAGUGUAAAAAUGAAAUCUUUAGCAAAGUAAGAGAGGAUAACGAUGUAAAUAACACGAUAAUUACAGUACCGACAAAUUGCGUGCUACCAGAAAUUAAAACUGCAAUCUUAGAUUAAAAUAUGUAGAAUAAAAAGCAAAAAAAAAAUCAUUUUAAUGUAUACAGUUAAAAUUAACAUUUCAUGCAUUUACGUUGAGUAAUUUUUACAUACAAAAAAAUUUCGGACAUUGUGAUAUUAUAAUUUUGCUGUUGCAUAUAUAUAUAUAUAUAUUUUUUUUUUCACAUUUUUGUAUAACAGUGUAUAUUAUGUUUGAUUGAUUUAAAAUAUUUCGAUAAGAUUAUUUCACUAUUACUACAAGUACUUAAAUUACAAAAUUAAUUUAGUUAUCGCAUUUAAGCUAUUAAAAAGAUAUUCACAUUUAUAAAUGCAACAUAUAUUUCAUUGUAUUAUUAUUGAUGUUUUUAUUAGAAUUUUAAAAAUAGAUAUCUAUCUAAUGUGCAUUUAUAAUUUUUGUGUGUACAACACUAGAUAUAAUUAGAUUUUUUAUUAAUGGACAAAUACAAAAUAAUUUAAAUUAGUUUCGCGAAUGCUGUAAUUAGGAAAUAUAAAUAUCUCGAAGAAAGAUUGAGUGCGUAAGACGCAAUAAAUAUAUGUAUAAAAACUUGAGAGUAUGUUUAAAAAAGUAUAGGCGUAAAAAUUAUUAGAACAAAAUAUUAUUAAUGCUGAAUAUAUUAAAGAUUCUUUUCUGUUUUUUUAAUGGCUGUUUCGUAAAAGUUAAGAACAUACUGAAAAUAAAAAUUAAUUUAUCUAAAAUAUAAAAAUGUUAAAAAGUACAAAAAUAUAAUCAUAGUAUAAUAACCUAAAAGAGAAAGAGAGAGAGAGAGAGAGAGAAGAAUAAUAAUAAUACAUUUAUAAUUAUAUAUAAGUAAAUGCAUAUAUGUAUACAUGACGCGCUUUAAUUUUAUAUAACACUAGUUUUGAAUAUAUAAUUUUAAAUGUCUCGAUUUUCAAAUGUGUGCAUACUAUUUGACUACAAAUGAAAUAAAUAAUGUAACAUUUUUAAAGAGAA